AUGACAAUUGAUCUUCUCAAUCAUCGCUUUAACCCUGAAUGGGGCAAAGUCACAGCGACGGCACUUCCACUCAGGUCGAUCCAACCAAAUCUCGUCAAAGUUACUCUCCAAAGCCAGAAACAAAGCAGCUCCAAAGCGUCGCAUGAAGCCGUAGCUCCGGUGUCACCAACUCGGAAAGCCCUCGUUGAUACGGAGAGAUCCAACGAGGAGUCUCCCGCCAAGCAUAAGACGGUGGCCCUCAUCGAACAGCCUCCCGUAAAGACACUUCACUUGGGUAUGUUUGAGAUCGGAAAACCUCUUGGCAAGGGCAAGUUUGGCCGCGUGUACUUAGCACGCGAACGAAACCACGGUUUCAUCUGCGCGCUGAAGGUUUUACACAAAAACGAGCUACAGCAGGCACGCGUUGAAAAACAGGUGCGACGUGAAAUUGAAAUACAAAGUAAUUUACGCCACCCGAAUAUUCUAAAAUUAUACGGUCAUUUUCACGACAGUAGACGUAUCUUUCUUAUUCUCGAGUUCGCAGGCCAGGGCGAGUUAUACAAACACCUACGCAAAGCGAGGCGGUUUCGUGAACCGAGAGCAGCAAAAUACAUCGCGCAGAUGGCAGAGGCACUCCGUUACUUGCAUCGUAAACACGUUAUCCAUCGCGACAUCAAGCCCGAAAAUAUUCUGUUAGGUGUUCAUGGCGAGGUGAAAAUUUCAGAUUUCGGUUGGAGCGUUCACGCGCCCAGCAAUCGCCGCAAGACUUAUUGCGGAACUCUUGACUACCUACCGCCUGAAAUGAUUAACCCAAAGACUGACGACGAUUCCUACGACGAGAAAGUCGACUUAUGGGCCUUAGGUGUAUUGACGUACGAAUUUUUAGUAGGGGAGGCACCGUUUGAGGACACCCCUGUCCUAACGACUAGAAGAAUAGCUAGAGGGGAUAUGACAGUCCCAGCAUUCGUAAGCCCCGAAGCUAAGGAUCUCAUUCACAAAUUACUUGUGGUUGACCCCAACAAGAGAUUACCCCUCGAGCAGGUCCAAAAACACCCCUGGAUACUCAGGCAGUGCCUUAAGCGUGAAGUGACCGGAGACUAAGUAGUAAAGAUCAUAUUUACUAUGCGUCAUUCAGGGCGAAACGACCCGGAUUCGGUUACCGGAAAUCCUCGGCAACGUAAUAUACGACUUCGUGUAGGGGAUCGGUUUUUUUACUCCCAGCAUUAGCGAAUUGCUACUUUAUCGAAUUAAGCAAGCGUGGCGUUUUGGAUUUGAUUCAUAUGAUGUUAAUGGUCAGCGACUAUAAUGUUCGCUGAGACCCAAAUAAACGGAG